AUGGCAUAAAUAGAUUUCAGAGUUUUAUAAACAAGUGAAACAAAUUAAAUUUCAAAGAAAGCCUUCUUAAAUGAAAGUUAAUAAUAAGUAGAAAUAAGUUGGAUCAUUAUAAAAGGAUAUCAGCUUUAACAAAAAAAAUAAAAUAACAGCAAGACAUUUAUUAAAGGGAGAGAAAUCGAUCAGAGUUUACAAGAUGAAAUCACUUACUUAAGAGUCAUAUCAUCUUUAAUAAUGAUGUAAAAUUUAUGGUUUGAAUCAUUUUUAUUGAGAUAGUUAAUAAAAUCAAAAUGA